AUGGUGAGCAAAGACAAGUCGGUGGUUUACUUCUCGGGUAACACGAACCGGACUACCUCUGGGGAUAUCAUUCGCAUUCUGGAGAUCCCGGCGACGCAGGACCUGGGGCGGUACCUUGGAGUUCCGGUGCUGCACACGAGAGUUACCAGAGAGACUUAUAGGUACAUUCUGGACAGGCUAGACAAAAAACUAGCAGGUUGGAGGGCAGACUCCAUGUCCUUUGAGGGACGGGUGACACUAGCGACAUCAUUGCUCAAUACUUUGCCAACAUACACCAUGCAGACGACUCUCCUUCCUCGGUCGAUCUGUGAUCAGAUUGACAUGAGGAUCCGUCGCUUCAUUUGGGGGUCUACCGCGGACAAACGGAAGGUGUUACAGGCUAAAUAUUUCAAAACUGCCGGCGGCGUGACAACUGCAAAAUUGGCGAACAGAUGCUCUAAUCUUUGGCGUGGAAUCAAGAGAGCUUGGCUGAUAAUGUCCGAAGGAAUGGCCAUGAGUGUGAAAGAUGGGAGAAGCACGAGUUUCUGGACGGAUCGUUGGAUUGACCCGACAGUUAUCUUACUUGAUCAUGUUCGAGUGCAUGCCCCUGAGAUUGAUCCCACGCUCCCUGUGGCAGCUUUCCUUGAUGAAAAUGGUAAGUGGGAUGAAGCUCUCAUCAACUCGUUCUUACCGAUGGAAGUUGCUGUGCAGGUUAUAGGGAGCCACCCGCCGAGAGUAGAUGGAGGAGAGGACGUCGCAUACUGGGGGCCAGAAGCAAACGGGCGCUUCCGGAUCAAGUCGGCCUCUGUCAUUGCGUGUGGCAGACCAAUGCUACUCAGGUGCUGGAUUGGAAGAAAAUCUGGCGAUGGAGAGGCCCAGCCCGGAUGA